AUGACAGACUACAAUACGCUCAAGGUCCCGGAGCUCAAGGCCGUGCUGGGCCAGCGAAAGCUCCCGCAGACGGGGAACAAGCAAGCGCUAAUCACGCGGCUGCAAGAGGAUGACGACAAAGCCGCCGCUGCUGGCGAGGGGGCCAAGCCAGAAGCCGCCAAGGAGGACGAAAUCACCUACAGCGACGAGGAGGCAGCCGUGUCCAAGCCGGCUGCAGAGGUGCCUGUCGCCGCCGCGACAGAGUCCAACUCCCGAGAGCCAGCCAAGAAGGAGGAGGCUCUGGCUCCCACUGACGCUGACGCUGCAAAUGCAAAGACGGAUGACGCGGAGCCCGCCCAGUCCUUCGCCAUCGGGCUAGCUUCAACGGCUGCCGAUGAGGAGGCCAAGAAGCGCGCGGAUCGAGCCAAGCGGUUUGGUAUCGAGGAAGACGAGGAUGCGAAGAAGCGCGCAGACCGUGCGAAGCGCUUCGGCCUCGAUCAGACGGAACUCGCUUCGGGUCUGGACUCGGCGCUGCCGGAGCGGCCUUUGAAGCGCGGCCGUGGUCGCGACGGUGGCGAUGGCCGCCCGGGCAAGCGUCAGAGCCUUGAUAGGAGAGGGCGGCAGGGGAGAGGGCCCCGGCAAGGAGACAGCAAGGAACGUGGCCGAGGCAUCCUGAGCGAUGCCGUGGAGAGAGCCAAGGCUGAGAAGAGAGCCGCCAGGUUUGCGGCCGUGUAG